CCCAGACAAAAUCCAGCAACCCAAAAAUUGGGAAAACAGUCUCCCACAGAAUCUGAUUUCUCUAUUUUUUCCCCAUGGCAAUCGCCGGUGCUGUAUCUUCCUCCUCCCCCUUUGCUGUGUAUCGAUAUAGAUUUCCAUAUCGCGUUUCCAUUUCUGCUCCCAAUCAGUUCUUCCCAAUCGAAUCCACCCGGAUUGGAGGAGCACUCGUUUCCUCACUUCCCGACGCCGUUUCCCUGAGAAGGAACAUUAUUGCGCAUGCUUCUGUGGAUGGUUUGGAUUCUGUGGGUUCAACGUCAUUGAAGUCUGAACGGGAUAAUGAUUAUAUUCCGAUGCCAAUUGUUAUGAUAGAUCAAGCUUCUGAUUCUGAUGCAACAAUUGUGCAAAUCAGCUUUGGAGAUCGCCUUGGAGCUCUAAUUGACACAAUGAAGGCACUAAAAGAUUUAGGCUUGGACGUGGCAAAGGGAACUGUUACUACUGAGGGAUCAGAAAAAAAAACGAAGUUUUUCAUUACACGAUUAGCAACUGGGCGCAAAGUUGAAGAUCCUGAUCUGUUGGAGAGGAUUCGAUUAACCAUUAUCAACAACCUUUUGAAGUACCAUCCAGAGUCGAGUGAGCGACUUGCAAUGGGUGAGGCUUUUGGACUAAAAGCUCCAGAAAAGAAGCUUGAUGUUGAUAUUGCUACUCAUAUACAUGUCAAGGAUGAUGGACCUAAGAGGAGCUUGCUUUGUAUAGAGACUGCAGAUCGGCCCGGGUUGCUACUAGAGAUCAUCAAAAUCAUGGCUGAUAUUAAUAUUAAUGUGGAAUCUGCUGAGAUUGAUACAGAAGGUUUGGUAGCGAAGGAUAAGUUUCAUGUCAGCUACAGAGGAGCAGCGUUGAACAGUUCCUUGUCUCAGGUUUUGACAAAUUGCCUGCGUUACUACCUUCGGAGGCCAGAAACAGAUGAAGAUAGUUACUAGCGAAGGACGUUAUACUGUAUGCCAAUUGUACAAUUUGCUGUGCCAAAUCAUUCUGAGCUCUCAAGUCACAUGUAGAAUUGAAAUGCAGAAGGAUAAUUAGUUCUUGUAGCUUGCAAAGUAUUCAGAGAUGUAUCAAGCAACGGGCUUGAUAUCUCUCGUCGCUUAAAAAGUACUCUGUAGUAAUGAAAUACUAUAUAGAAGGAAGAUAACAGAAGUAGUUUAUCCAUCAAGUGUAGUUUGGAACA